GUGCGCUUUGGAGACAUUCAGCCUCCUUACGCACAUUUUCCUGUGUCUCUAUCCCUACAGGGGUCGCUUCUAAAUUCAGUCCCAUCUGCGAAAGAGAACCUCAAACCUUCGACUCAAAUCAAAUCCUCUAUCUUCAUUACACUCUUUUUCCCUUCCACUAAUUGUUCUCAAUUUCUGUUUUUCCUUUCAAACCUAACCCUAAUUUCACAUUUUUUCUUUAAAGUUUUCCUUGGCUUUCGAUAACUCUCUGUAAAUUCAUUACUUGGGAGCUUAUAUGCUAUUGAAUUAUUGUUGCUUUGCUUAAAGUAAAGGAAAAAUUAAAAUACUGAGGACUGAUUUAUUUAUCUGUUUCUGAUUCAAAUUCAUAGUUUUUUGUUUGCUGAGGUUUGUGGGUUUUCUUAUUUAGUAGCUUUUGGAAAAGCAAUAGAGUUAAAGUUUGGUUUUUUCUUUCCAAAAAUUUUGAAACAUUGUCGUAUUUCUCUCUCUACCGAUCAGUUCUACAACUAACAAUAUCAACUAAUACACUAUCAGCACCAAACCCAUAACGACCUGAUUUUCUAUCAGUGAUCGACAACUCCCUUUUGUGGUAAUCUGAUGAUUUGUUGAAUUCUAUUGCAAAUGUCGGUGGAAAGGUCGUUCGAAGCAUGGGAGGAAGUGCAGCGGCAUGGCCAGGACCUUGCGGACCGGCUGGCGCAGGGAUUUACGGGCCUUAUUCAAUCCCAUAUGACAAACACGCCAGCUUUUACUUGGCCUAACCCUCAGAAAGCGAAGCUUUUCGAUUUGGAAUUCCGAGGCCAAAAUUUCAAUGGAAGGGAUUUGGGAGUUUUAACCGAUUAUAGUGGGAUAAAUGGGGUUUCUGCGAUUUUCGAUAUUGGAAACAGAAUUUGCCAAGCUGGUGCAGAUUUUGGGGCGUGCUUGAAUGGGUUAGUGCAGCAGUUCUUUAGGAGGUUGCCGGUGCCGUUUAGGCAGGAGGAGGCUGUUGGGAUGGACGUGAGGAGGGAUGGUAAAAGGAGGAUUUUUGGGGUGGGUGUGGAGGGCGAGUUGGAGUUGGAGUUGGUGAGUGAGAGGUUGAGGGAUUAUGGGUUUGUAGAGAAUGAUGCGACGGGCGGUAAGCUUGGUGGUUCAUCAGACGAAGAAAUAGGUUGGUUUAAUUUGAAAUCCGUGGGGUAUCUUGGUAAAUCACAGGGGGUCAUAAAUAUCACAUCAACUUAUGACAGUAGAACUAACAACAUAGAGAGUUCUUUGGUUGCAAGAGGAGAUUUAUGGAGAGUUGAGACAUCACAUGGCAGUUCCACAUCAGGAAAUGAUAAUUCGUCUCUCUUCCUUGUCCAGCUUGGACCGCUACUAUUUGUUCGUGACUCGACACUUCUUCUACCUGUUCAUUUGUCAAAGCAACACUUGCUUUGGUAUGGUUAUGAUAGGAAGAAUGGAAUGCAUUCUCUAUGUCCUGCUGUAUGGUCAAAGCAUAGAAGGUGGCUGUUAAUGUCAAUGCUGUGUCUCAAUCCAUUAGCUUGUUCGUUCGUAGAUUUGCAGUUUCCAAAUGGUCAGUUUACCUAUGUGUCAGGUGAGGGGCUGACUACAAGUGCUUUUCUACCCCUUUUUGGGGGCCUUCUCCAAGCUCAGGGUCAAUAUCCAGGAGAAAUGAGAUUUAGCUUCUCUCAUAAGAACAAGUGGGGUACACGCAUCACGCCAAUGGUACAAUGGCCUGACAAAUCAUUUACAUUAGGUUUUGAACAAGCCUUAGCAUGGCAGAGAUCAGGUCUAAUGGUGAGGCCUACAUUUCAGUUCAGUUUGUGCCCAACUUUGGGUGGAAGCAAUCCUGGGUUGCGAGCAGAACUUAUUCAUUCAGUAAAUGAACAACUGAAUCUGAUCUGCGGCUGUGCAUUCAUGACACACCCUUCCAUAUUUGCAUCACUGUCUAUUGGCCGGUCUAAGUGGAAUGGUAGCACCGGGAGUUCAGGAAUUGUUGUUAGAGUUGAUAGUCCGCUCUCUGAUGUUGGUCGACCAUCGUUUUCCGUUCAGAUAAAUAGCGGCAUUGAGUUUUGAGCGUCUGGGCAUCACAUAUCUUGCAUUAGGCAUGUAAAUAAUCUCCAGCUUUAGGCUUGUAUAUUUUGAGCGUUCUUUCUAUUUAAUUAUACAAGUAACCAUCGUUUUCUUUCUGUAAUUAAGAGGUUUUUCUUUGUUUUUAUGUGCUUUGUGACAGGUUGAAGCACAAUGUAAAUUUUAAAUUGGACUGGAAUUAUUAUUGGCUCUAGUUUCAGAAAUCUCUGUUGACUGCAUUGCUUCCAAGUUCCAACCUUCUGUCUUGGAGUUAGAUCUGGUCACCGUCUGGAACUGGAAUCUCUCUGUAAAUUAGGUUCAGAAUUGAUUCACAGUUUCAGGAAUUGAACCGAUCAGAACUGGUGGUUUGACUUGUUGAUCUGAUUUGGCCUGAUUUAAAAAAAAAAUUGGAAAAAAAAAUAAUACAUGGCGAACUCUACCCCUUCUACCCGGCGACGGCCAUUUGACGGUUGGCUUGAUUUUUUUAUUUUUUUAUAAGUAUUUUAAUUAAAAAUAAAAUUUAUAAAUUUCUUUUUUUAUUCUUUAUAAAUUUGUAAAUGUCUUUUUGUUCUAUGCAAGUCCUGUGGAACGCUAGUCCCAUGGUUCGAUAUAAUCCAACCGGUUUCCAAACCAA